AAUCGUGUAAUAAAAGAUACUUAACAUACAUAUAUGAUAUUUCGGUGGCCGGGGAAUCGGGGGAACAAUGUCAAUGCGUUGACAUUGAAGGUUAAAUGCCGGCAAAGCCAAGUCAGUCGGCUGUGGAAUUUCCAUGCGCGCGCAACCAGCAUCCGUUGUUCAUCGUUAACCAUAUAUUGCCGAUUAUUGCCGCCUAUAUCCAUGUCGCCGCCACGUCACAUCCUGAAGCUGAGCCUGGAGGAGCAGCGCCAGUUCAUCGACUCCUUCGACCUGGUGAUCAGCGACUGCGAUGGCGUCGUGUGGCUCCUGGUGGGCUGGAUCCCCAACACCGGACCCGCCGUCAAUGCCCUCAAGGCGGCCGGCAAGCAAAUCAAGUUCGUGUCCAACAACAGCUUUCGCUCCGAGGAGGGCUACAUGGAGAAGUUCCGGCACAUUGGGGCCAAGAAUGUCCAGGAGGACGACAUCGUGCAUCCGGUGAAGACCAUUGUCAGGUACCUGAAGAAGCACAAGCCGGGGGAGCGGGUCUUCUCCCUCAUGUCCUUGGAGGCCAAUGAGACGUUGCGUAAGCACAACAUCGAGUUCGAGUCGCUGCAAGUCAAGGAACACCUGACGGCCGCCUCGCUGGUGGAUCACCUGGCCAUUGAGAAGCCAGUGGGCGCAGUGCUCUUCGACAUCCACUUGGAUCUCUCGUACGUUGAGCUGGCCAAGGCCAUCAGGCAUCUGCAGGAGAACGAGGACUGCCAGUUGAUAGCCGGUGGCAGCGAUGUCGUCAUGCCCCUGGCGGAGAACCUCAAUGUGGCCGGGUUCUUUGACUUUCUGGAGCAUGUGAAGCGCUACACCCAGCGGGAGGCCACCUUCCUGGGCAAGCCGUCGCCCAUCUUAGGCGAGAUGUUUGGCGAAAUGUUCGAGAUCCGGGAGCCCAAGCGCUGCAUCUUCAUCGGCGACACCCUGGUUCAGGAUGUGCAGUUCGGCAAGGCAUGCGGCUUCCAAUCGCUGCUGGUGCUCAGCGGCUGCCUGACCAAGGAGGACAUGCUGAAUGCCCCGGUGGCGGCCCAGCCGGAUUACUAUGCUGAUAGCUUGGCGGACUUCACGCAACUGCUCAAAAAUGUUCAAAAGUAGAUUCAAGGAAUCAAACGAGAAAAAAAGCUACCUGAAAGAAGCUACUAUAUCACAGGGAGUGGAAUUUGAUAUGUUCCUAAAACGUAAACCGAUCCACCGCAAUGUUUGAUGUUCUGUUAUUGCUUUCAGGUAAAAUCUAAAGAAAACUAUUCAAUAUUGUUAAA